AUGGUGGUUAAGUUGAUGAAAUGGCCUCCAUGGCCACCUCUCACUUCCAAGAAAUAUGAAGCAGUUAUCCUUGUUAACAGGCUUGAAGGCUCAAGUUUGGUGAAACCUGAGGAAGUGAAGUCCUUGGUGGUUGAAAUCAAGUGGAAAGGACAAAAAGGUGUGGCCUUGAGUUCAUUAAGGCGCUCUAUGAAGAGAAAUGUCACCAGAGAAGUGGAUGCUAGUGAUGCAGGAGUAGUUGAAUGGAACCAGGAGUUUAGAAAUGUGUGCACCUUUACUGGGUAUAAGGAGAACGUGUUUUAUCCAUGGGAAGUUAUGUUCACAGUCUCCAAUGUAUCUAACCUAGGGUCCAAAACCAGGUCCUCUGUAGCUGGAGUUUCAUCAAUAAACUUAGCUGAAUACGUGCCUGAAGCUGUGGAUAAAGAGACCAAGAUUGUAAUUCCUUUGAAUUUCCCUGGUACCAAUGAUACUAGUCUCUCAUUUUUUUUAUCUCUUAGUUUACUGAAGCUGGAGCCGGUUCAAGAAUAUUUGGAUUCAGUGCAAAGAUCGACCAUGUGUUUUCAGUCAUCACCUUCUUCUGCAGAAGCUGUCUCAAUGAAUAAAGAUGAAUUUUCUACACUUAAAGCAGGUCUGAGAAAAGUUAAAAUCUUUACUGAUUAUGUAUCAACUGGAAGAGCAAAGAAGAUAGGCUGCAAAGAUGAAGGAAGUGAUGGUAGGAGCUCCAACAGAAGUGAAGAUUCUGAAUACAGGUAUACAUCUGACAAAGAUUCACUAGAUAAUGAUGCUGCAAUCAAACAAGAGGAGAAUAAGGAGGGUUCUUGUGUGAGACAUUCGUUGAGUUAUGAGACACUGGCCUCUGGAAACUAUGUAGGAGGAUCACUUUAUACAAGUUCAACUUUUACAGGUAAAGAUGAGUGUUGGGUCCACUAUAGCAAUCAAAAAUCUGAUUUUGGGGAUGCACAUGUUGAGAAUUAUAAUACAUGGGAUCAGAAUGAAUAUCACAUUUCAAAACACCGAAUCCUUCCUUGGAGGAAGCGGAAACUGCCCUUUAGAUAUCCCAAGGUGAAAGGGGAGCUACUUCUGAAAAAACAUUAUGGGGAAGAGGGUGGAGAUGAUAUUGAUUAUGAUCGUAGGCUGCUGAUCUCUUCUGAUGAAUACACUUGUGGAAAGUGGUAUAAAAUACAAGAAAACAUCACAACUAGUCAAACAUUUGUCUCUGAAUUUGGGGAGAACAGUUUUACUGUAGGAAGUUGGGAGUACAAUGAAGUCACUAGCCGUGAUGGACAAAUGAAGCUCCAUACACCAAUCUUUUUUGCUUCAAUUGAUCAAAGAAGUGAAUGUGCUGCAGGGGAGAGUGCAUGUGGAGUCCUGGUUGCUGUGAUUGCUGAUUGGUUGAAAGUGAACCAAGCUAUGAUGCCCAUCAAGUGUGAAUUUGAUAGCCUGAUUAGAGAUGGAUCAUCAGAAUGGAGAAUUCUUUGUGAGAAUGAGGACUAUAUAAAGAGGUUUCCAGAUAAACACUUUGAUCUUGAUACUGUUCUGCAAGCCAAAAUCCGUCCAGUGUCUAUAGUCCCAGAAAAGUCCUUUGUUGGAUUUUUUAUUCCAGAGGAACUUGAAGGUGAAGGUUUUGACUUGCUUCAUGGUGCAAUGUCUUUUGAUAGCAUAUGGGAAGAAAUAAGCCAUGCUGCAUCAGAAUUGCACAUGGGUAGUGAGCCUCUAGUGUACAUAGUAAGUUGGAAUGACCAUUUUUUUGUCCUAAAGGUUGAGCAAGGUGCUUACUACAUUAUUGACACUUUGGGGGAGAGACUAUAUGAAGGAUGCAACCAAGCCUACAUCUUGAAGUUUGAUACAAGCACAAAAAUUGAGAAACUGCUUAAUGAAAAUGAUGCAUUGGAGCAGAAACCUCUCAGUGGUGAGAUUGUAUAUAGAGGCAAGGAGUUAUGUAAAGAGUACAUCAAGAGCUUCUUGGCUUCAAUCCCUAUAAGAGAGUUGCAAGAUGAUGUCAAGAAAGGCUUGAAUGCAUCCAUGCCACUUCAUCAUCGAUUACAAAUUGAAUUCCACUACACCCACAUCAAGUAACCCAUGAUACAAGAAGCAACAACAGUUAAUUCCUCAACAAUGGCAUUGGUGGUGGCAGUUGCUUAGUGAAACUCUUUGAGAGUUUCUGUAAUUAGUAACUAAUGUUUUCCCCUUCUGAGUUUUUUUUUUUUUUUUAAACACAAAUUAGUAUUAG